UUGAAAGUGUAACAGCUAUUUUAAUUCCUAUUCAUUCGACGUGAAGUUAUUACUAUAUAUUAAAAAAAAUGGAUUGCGGGGGAGUGUUGGUGAAAUAUGUGCUCUUUAUAUUCAAUAUAUUAUUUGUGAUAUGCGGAAUUUUACUGAUUGUUUUCGGUUCGCUUAUGGUUUCGGAAAUAAAAAACUUCUCAAAUAUAGAUGAGACCUUCACCGCAAAUAGCGUGGCCAUUGUCAUUUUGGUUCUGGGCUGCCUAAUCUUUCUCAUCUCUUUCCUUGGCUGCUGUGGAGCCAUACGAGAGAAUUCUUGUGCUCUUACAACGUACUCUGUGGUCAUGUUGGGCCUCUUCCUUUGCCAAAUAGCUCUGAUUGUCUUUGUGUGGAUUAAUCAUGUGCAGAUACGCAAUUCAUUGGACAAAGUGGUGCAAACCAUAUGGAACCAACGCAAAACGGACAGUCUACUCAUGGAUACUUUGCAGAAAUCUCUCAAGUGCUGCGGUCUUAAAGGAUUCGCUGACUAUUCCGGUAAUGUGCCUGCAUCCUGCUGUGAUAAUCCCUCCAAUAAUACCUGCAGUAUGAUCGAUGUCAUGUUCAAGCCUGGCUGUCAAGGUGCCGUUGAUUCCUUAUGGGACAAGAAUGUUAAUAUAAUUAAAUAUGCCGGGCUCGGCGUCACUGCAAUUGAGUUGAUCGCCUUUAUAUUUGCUUGCUGUCUGGCUAAUCAAACCCGCAACAAUAUAAGAAGACAGAAUUAUUAAACUACGCUUACGUAUUUGUCAAGAAAUGCACAUUAGUUAUUAUAAAAAUUGCAUAUGCUACAAUAUAUUGCAAUAAAAACUGUAUUGCUAUGAAU